AUGCCGAAGCAAAAAGUGAUGAAGGCGAACCAAAUUCGCGGACCAAACGUCCUGACUGCAAUCGUCGACGGCAGUUGGAAAGCAAUGCUAGCGAUCGUGAAGAUGAAGAUCGAGACUGAGUAUCUGUUGCCGACAUUGAGCUCCAAGUCGCUGAGCAUCGAGGUAACCGAGGCCGAGGAAAUGACACCAGAGUCCAAGUCGCAAAUCGACUUUCAAUCGCAGACUGUCCUCCCAUUCUUCCUCGAGUCUAUCUCUUUCCCUUGCAUCCGGUUCGAUGAUUGCGUCGUGUUCAUCAUCCCGCACUUCUUCCGCAGAUACCUGACUGGAAAUUGA